CCGAUUCUACAUUGUCCUCAUUCUCAAUCCGUCUAGAGGCGCCACAGCCAAUUCAUACUAUCUCGCCUCAAGAUGUAUCCCGAAUGCGGGCAAUGCGACAGACGAUUCAGCAGCUGGGCCGCGGCCCGACAGCACAUGAACGCAGUCGGCCACGUAUUCGAGUGCGACUUUUGCGAUCUUGCCUUCUACGACUCGAGAGACCUUGAAGAUCAUCAGCAGGACGAAGGACACUACGGUCCCAGGUACGAGUGCGAAGCCUGCGAUGAGUGGUAUGACACAUUUGCCCGCAUCAAGCAGCACAUGAACAGCCACGGCCACUGGCGCAACCACUACUGUAACGAUUGCAACAAGGGUUUCGAGAACGAGAACAACCUGCAAAUUCAUCUCAACAGCCGUAUCCACCGCGGCUCUAACAUCACAUGUCCCUUCUGCAAACGCGGCUUCGCAACAGCCACAGGCGUAACGCACCAUCUCGAAACCGGCUCGUGCUCAAAAGCUCGCCAGCUCAACCGCGACACCAUCCUGGCCGAAGUCCGCCGCCGCGACCCGAACCAACUCAUCACAAAGAAGCUCCUGACGUACCCCGAAUCCGGUUCAAGCAUCACGGCUACUUCUGCAUCCUACAAUUGCGACACGCUCCUCUACGAAUGCUACUUGUGCCACAAGGGCUUCAGGGAACUCAAGAGUCUGAACGCUCACGUCAAUUCGCCGGUACAUAAGGAGAAGGUGUAUCACUGCCCGGGCAGGGCAUGUGCUAGGGAGUUCCGGGCGCUUGCGGCGCUGUUCAAUCAUCUUGAGAGCGAAAGCUGUGGUGCGGUGAGGUUCGAUGCUGUGCAGAGGAACGUGCGUGGGUUUCUGAGUGGGAAGAGGAUGAUUGGGUUUGCCUGAAUGCCUGUUGUAGCGUGGCUCUUGCGCUUCGAUAGAGUUUCCAUACAUUUUAGCGUUUUCAAGAAGAAGACGACUUCGAGCAUGCGCAACGGGUGUUUAUUGCUUCGAUGUAUAAUUGUCAGCAUCUACGCCUACCUAGGAGUAACGUAUUGUAUCAGUCAUCGGCCAGCCCCAAAAACCCACCAAAAAACACGAAAACCGCACCUUCAGAUCUCAACAACAGCCUGGUAGAAACAUCUGAUAAUUUAAACAUAACCUGUUUUA